AUGAGCACGGCCAGUGGGGAGCUGAAGAAGCAGCGCCCCAGUGCCGCUGGUCAGGAGCCGAAAACCCGGCGCCUCUCCUUCAUCAACUGCUCUGUAAAUCAGAUCGAAUCCGCCAUCCAGACAGAGUGGGCGGAUUGGCGGUUCAAUGGUGAUUUCUGGUCGACCAUAUUGACUGGGGACCCUGCAGUCGAGUUCCGCGUGCUGAGCAAUCGGACACUGGAGUACUGGGUCAGGACGUACAAUAGGUGGCAGGACAUGGGCCGAAGAUCCAAGUCUGCGCCGCCGAACAGGGCAGAUCUCGUGGAGUUAGAGCAGCCGCCUGGCCGCAACGGUGCAGGGUCCCACUAUGCAUCAGGUGACACCAUUGUGCCGCCAGGCAAGCUUGUCUUCUACGCCCACAGCGAUGUGGAGCCUCUCCGAACCUUGCACCUUCUCGACGAGGUUGGCAAUGUCGCCAUUGGUCUCUGCUAUAUGGGUAUCUAUGCGGACAUCAGCAUGAUCACGCCUGAGGCUCGCCGCAUUCUUACCUUCGACGGUGAGGUGUGCAUCAGUUCUACCACCCGCGAUGGUGUGAUCGCACACAUCCUCCCCAGCGCUGAGCGUCAGAUCGCGGAGACCGACGCGGGGACCGAGCGUCUUGCUGAUGCCCACAGGCAGGUUGCAGCUCGCAACACAGGAACUCCAAAAGGGUCUCCUGUUGCACCAAGCAUUCCGGCAGCUGCUCCCACGUACGGAGGGUACACGCAGUCCGAAUGGGACGAGUGGAGCCGCUCCCAUCAGCGCGGAACGUACUCGCAAGCCGAGUGGCAUGCCUGGAACCGCUCCCGCCGGUAUUGA